UAAUAAAUGUAAUUUGAAAAGAAAAUUACGGGAUUAAAUACUUUGGCAGCUACUUAGACGAAAGUCACAAAAUGUUCGAAAAAUUAACGUUUUCCUUAUUAUUUCUUAAUAUCUGGCAAGCAACUCAUUGUUUUUCGCUUUUUUCUUAUCUAAAAUAUAGUUUUCAAUCCAUCACAUAAAUAUCAUGGAAAAAAAUAUAGUAUCAGUCGAAAAUUUGUGCGAUAUACACACAUUCAUUACAUAAAACUAAUGUAAAAAACCCAAAAUAAAACUUAUCUAGCAGUGUCAAGUGUCCAAUUACCAUUACCGCACUCAGAAUUCGUUCCAGUACCAACAUCCCGAAGUACUGAUCUUCAAACAGGUAUCAGUACAACAACCACCGCUGCUACACCCAUGGAUUUCUCCUCAGAAUUCAACCCUGGUGAAGGUACAUCCUAUAAAACAUCAAAGGACCCAAUCCUAAUAACACAAAACCAAUUGGAUGGAAUUGUUGCAAAUUUGUGUUUGACUCAGAAAAAAUCAGAACGACUGGCUUCAUUUUUGAAAGGAAAUAAUUUGCUGACGAAAGGUACAAAAGUAACAGCAUAUCGAAAACGCCAAAAAGAGUUACAAAAUGUCAAUGAUGCAAAAAAUUUCGCUUAUUGCAACGAUAUUGAAAAGUUAAUGGAGGCGAUAGGGUUAACCUAUAAAAAAGAUGAUUGGCGUCUCUUUAUCGAUAGUUCACUAAUCAGCUUAAAAGUUGUGCUUUUGCACAAGACAAAUAGAAUGCCUUCUGUUCCGAUUGCGUAUAGCACUGACACUAGUGAAACUUUCGAUAAAUUGAAAGAUAUUCUGGAAGUAGUCAAAUAUAACGAACACCAAUGGCGCAUUUGCUGCGACCUCAAAGUAGUUUCCUUGAUUUCAGUCUUAACAGCAUCUGGCCGUCCAAAAUAUUCGUGUUUUUUGUGCGAUUGGGAUUCACGAUACGGAGAAGGUAUUAAAGGAAGAAACCAGUACAAACAACAUAACUGGAGUAGUCGAAUUGGGCGAAAAUGGCCUAAUGACAAUAGGCUACACGAAAGUCUUGUUCCUGAAAUGAAAAUUUUGUUGCCGUUGCUCCACAUUAAACUUGGCAUUGCUAAAAAUUUUUUGAAAUGUAUCGCAAACAGACCAGCAGUAUUCAACCGCUUGAAAGACAUUUUCCCAAGACUAAGUAAGGCCAAAAUUCAGGAAGGGGUUGUUAAUGGUCCCGACAUACGGAAACUAAUGAGUCGUCAAGAUUUUGAGCAAGUUCUGACAGACCGAGAAUUAAAUGCAUGGCUCGCAUUGAAAAUAGUCAUCAAAGGACUUUUGGGUAAAGAACGCGAAGAAAACUACAGGCAAUCUGUUGCAAACAUGUUGGCAGCUUUCGCUGAAAUUGGCGUUAAUAUGUCAUACAAAAUUCAUCUCUUGCAUCAGCAUCUUGAAAAACUCGCUCAACAGUUGCCAACUGAAUCUGAUGAGCAAGGCGAACGUCAUCACCAAACUGCGCUUCCAUUUGAAAUAAGGUACAGAGGAAAGAAAUCUCGAUGCGAUACUCGCUGAAAUUUGUUGGUGGUAUUAAAACACCUUUGAAGAAGAGGAAGACGAGGAAACAGAGGAAGAAGGGGAAGACACAGAUGAAAAUCCAAUAUAUCUGUUGGUCGAAAUAAUCGAUCUCUCUGAUGAUGAUGACGAUGACCAAGACAUUAGAGAGAGCAGUGAUGUUGAUCCACAGUCGCCUGCUAAACGGCAGCUGGCCAAAUUAUUAAUUUAAUUUAUUUUAUUUUUCUACUUAAAACUUUUCAUUAUUAACAUUUCAAAAUUAUAUUGUUUUCCAUAUUUUUAUAUUUUCUUUUUCUAUGUUUCUUCAAAACCAACACUGAACAAAAUUGGUAAAUAAAAAAUGAGAAAAAAAUUAAUAUUAAGCUCAAAAAACGCAAGUUUUGUAUUAUGACUGUAUGCCUAAAGCGCAAAUUAUUGACUAAGACAAUUUUUUUUUCAA